UAAUUAUCUCCAGACGAUCCAUAACACUGAUAUCCCGAACAGACGAAGAAUCUUCCAGAAAUUACAAUCUUUUGAAGGCCACGAAUGUUAAAACAUGAAGAAAGUGUUAAUGAGAAAGGCUUAUUGAAAACGAAUAUGUUUCUGAAGGUUUUCUCUCAUUUUCUCUUCCGGUUUAGGCUGUUGAAUUUGUGAUGCGAAAUCGAAAGUAUUUUCGAUCCUGACAUUUAGAGUAAACAGGUCCUGCUGAACGAUUGAUUGUUUUCUCAAACCAGUGCUGAUCAGAGGAGCGAGGAAAGGACUCUCUCUCUAAGAUGAGUCUCUCAGAGAAACACAGUGUAAGAUCAGGAUCACAUGUGUCCAGCUCUGUGUCUCUGAAGAGUGAUCAGUCAAAACAUGGUGCAGGACCAGACUUCAGUGGAGAAAAACCAUCAUCUAAUAAAAGUGUAAGAUCAGGAUCACGUGUGUCCAGCUCUGUGUCUCUGAAGAGAAAACGAUCAAAACAAGAAGGACCAAACUUCAGUGAGGAAAAACCAUCAUCUAAUAAAAGGCUUCGAUAUGAGACAUUAGACUCAGACGUUCAGACUCACAGGAACCACAAAGACAAUCUCCUGUGGAUCUUCCAGGAUCUUAAGAGCAAAAUAAUUAAAUUUUUGAAGAAAGAGCUGGAAAAGUUUAAGAAAAUAUUACAAAAUGAGAACACAGAGAACUUUGUGAAGGACUUUAAUGAGAACAGAUGCAGUAUCAAAGCAGCAGCUCUUGAUCUCACACUACAUUACCUGAGAGAGAUGAAGCAAGAUGAAGCUGCUGAUGCUCUAGAAAUUGAGCUGCUCUUCAUUCAUCAGCUAAAAUGUGGCCUAAAGAAGAAGUAUCAAUGUGUGUUUGAAGGAAUGGCGAAGCAUGGUGACUCCAUACUUCUGAAUAACAUCUACACAGAUCUCUAUAUCACUCAGGGUGGCAGUGAACAGGUCAAUACUGAACAUGAGGUCAGACAGAUUGAAAUUGCUUCCAGGCAUCAUCAAUCUCAAGAGAUUCAGAUUAAAUGCACAAAUUUGUUUGAAGCUCCUGAACAAGACGAGGAGAUCCGAACUGUACUGACAAAAGGAGUCGCUGGCAUCGGAAAAUCAGUCUCUGUGCAAAAGUUUGUUCUGGACUGGGCUGAAGGAAAAGAAAAUCAAGAUAUCAGUUUCAUAUUUCCUCUUCCAUUCAGAGAGAUGAACUUAAAGGAGAAAGAAAAACUAAGUUUGAUGGACCUUAUAACUCAUUUUUUCCCAGAGACAAAAGGACUGAACCUUACAAGAAGAAAUCAGUUCAAAGUCCUGUUCAUCCUUGAUGGAUUGGACGAAUGUCGCCUUCCUCUGAAGUUUGAUUGUAAUGAGACGUGGAGUGAUGUAUCGUCACCAGCCUCUCUGGAUGUUCUCCUAACGAACCUCAUGAAGGGAAAUCUGCUUCCUUCUGCUCUCAUCUGGAUCACCACCAGACCAGCAGCUGCCAGUAAGAUUCCUCCUGACUGUAUUGACCGGCUGACAGAGAUACGAGGAUUCAAUGAAGCACAAAAGGAAGAGUACUUCAAAAAAAGAUUCACGGAUCAGAAUCAGGCCAACACAAUCAUUGAUCAUGUUAAAAAAUCAAAGAGUCUCUUUAUCAUGUGCCACAUCCCAGUCUUCUGCUGGAUUUCAGUCACUGUUCUCCAGAACAUUCUGGAGGAGAAAAGGAAUAAUGAUAUGAAAAACAAUCAGGCUGAUGAGAUCUCUAAAACACUACAGGAAUCAAAUACUGAAGACACGCCCAAGACUCUGACACAAAUGUACACACACUUUCUCCGCUUUCAGAUCCAGCAGAGCCGCCGAAAAUAUGAUGGAGAAUAUGCAGCAGAUGUUUCCUGGGAUAAAGAUGCCAUCCUUUCACUGGGGAAACUGGCAUUUCAUCAGCUGCAAAGAAACAACGUGAUCUUCUAUGACACAGACCUGGAAGCCUGUGGUAUUGACGUCUAUAAGGCAUCAGUGUACACAGGCAUGUGUACCCAGAUCUUUAAGAAGGAAAUAGGGAUCAUUCUUGGUACCAUGUACUGCUUUGUUCACUUGAGCAUUCAAGAGUUUAUUGCAGCCCUUUAUGCACAUCUGUUUCUAGACAUCAACAAGAAAAGUGUGUUUGUUCAUGAGUCUACAGAACAGGAAAACAAAAAUGAAACCAUGAUUGAUUUUCUCAAGACUGCAGUGGACGAGGCGCUCGAGAGUGACAAUGGACACCUGGACCUUUUCCUUCGCUUCCUCCUCGGUCUGUCAGUCCAGUCCAAUCGACGACUCUUACGGGGUCUGUUGACACAGCAAGACGCCAAUGACCAGAGCAACAAGGAAAUAGUUCAGUACAUCAAGCAGAAAUUAGAAGAUAAUCUGUCUGCAGAGAGAUCAAUCAAUCUAUUCUACUGUCUGAAUGAACUGAACGACCAAACUCUGGUGAAGGAGAUACAGACCCACCUUAGCAAAGGAAGUCUCUCAUCUGCUGACCUUUCACCUGCCCAGUGGUCUGCUUUGGUCUUUGUGUUGUUGACAUCAGAGGAAGAGCUGGAGGAGUUUGAGCUUCAGAAAUUCAAGAAAUCAGACGAGUGUCUCAUUAGAUUAUUGGCAGUCAUCAAAACCUCCAGAAGAGCUCUGUAA